AUGAUAUCUGAGAGUGACUGGUGCGUGGUAGGCAGGUACCGUUGGCGGUCGAUUUCUCAGCGGUAUGCACAUUUAGAGGAACAGAGUCUGUACGAUGAUGCAGGUGCCCCCGAAAAUAUUCCCAUCAUUUUCUAUGACACCAGACAGGAAGAUGGGAAAACACUGGCCCCACUCUAUGUCGCUAGAAAAGUUUUAGUACCACAAGCUUCAUCCAAAAAAGCAAAGGUGAUUUCUGGGUGUACUCAGCCGCAGAGUACGAUGCCUGUGAUGCCCUUGGACCCGAGUGUCAAUUGUGGAACGUCUCCUGUAGCCUCUGUCUCUCGUCAUCCGGAAAACUUCCCGCUGGUAGUGGGGACAACUCUUCCAGUGCCAUUACAUACCAUCUUUUUGGUUCUCAUCACUGUCCUAUUAGGUGAUAUUGCGGUGACCGCCGCUGGCAUGACGACUACAUCCACAAGCUCUUCCAUGACUGCUGUUUGUUGCCUUGCGACACUUGGCCCGGAUGUUAUAUCUAUUGGCCUCAUCCUGAACCGAGGGAGGAAUUCCGCUUUUGCAGCUAUUCAUGUAGUAUUGUGGCCUUGCUUUCUGAUUCUCUUUAUUUUACCUUUUAUUUCGAAGCUUUUCAUUGUACAUAUUCUCUUCUCUGUUGUCCUAUUACUUUUUCUUGUGCGCUUCCGCAUGGGCACGUACACCACAUUUUUUACUUUUUAG